AUGAAUUUACCUUUACAUCGUUUAGUAUCUAGCGUACCAAAAUGCUCGUCGUUGUUUUUACGGCGAAACGUAGCUCAUUUUACAUUUUUCAAAGAUCAACCAGAUGCAUCUCUUGGAGCAACGAAGGAAAUGAAUCUUUGCCAAACGAUUCAAAACUCACUAGAUAUUACUCUUGGUAACGAUAAUACAGCAAUUGUAUUCGGUGAAGAUGUUGCAUUUGGUGGUGUUUUCCGGUGUACAACAGAAUUGAGAUCUAAAUAUGGAGCUGAUCGUGUAUUUAAUACACCUCUAUGCGAACAAGGUAUCAUUGGCUUUGGAAUAGGUGCAGCCGUAGCUGGCGCAACAGCGAUUGCUGAAAUACAGUUUGCUGAUUAUAUAUUUCCUGCAUACGAUCAGAUCGUAAACGAAGCGGCAAAAUAUCGUUACCGUUCACAAAACUUAUUCAAUUGUGGUAAACUAACUAUUCGUGCUCCAUGGGGUGCUGUUGGACAUGGUGCAUUGUAUCACUCCCAAUCUCCCGAAGCACAGUUUAUGCAUACACCUGGCAUCAAGGUUGUUAUUCCACGUAGUGCUAUUGAAGCUAAAGGUUUACUUAUAUCAUGUAUUAAAGAUGAUAAUCCAUGCAUCUUUUUCGAACCGAAAAUUCUCUAUCGAUCAGCGAAAGAAGACGUUCCUAUUAAGGAAUAUACAAUUCCAUUGUCGAAAGCUCAAAUCAUUCAAGAAGGUUCCGAUGUCACACUUCUCUCAUGGGGAACACAAGUUCAUGUGAUCCGAGAAGUCGCACAAAUGGCUGCUAAGGAGAAUAUCUCUUGUGAAGUGAUCGAUUUACGCACGAUCGUGCCAUGGGAUGUUGACACCAUAUGUCAAUCAGUUAGCAAAACUGGUCGAUUAUUAAUUAGUCAUGAGGCGCCCGUAACCGGUGGAGUCGGAGCGGAAAUAGCUGCAACUGUUGCUAAAGAAUGCUUUUUAAACCUCGAAGCUCCUGUAGAACGUGUUUGUGGUUAUGAUAUUCAUCCAAUUCCACAUGUUUUCGAACCGUUUUAUUUUCCAUCAAAAUGGCGUUGCUUAGAUGCUAUUAAACGAAUGAUGAAUUUUUGA